GUACAACACAUCUAUCAUCUCCAAGAAACUCGCUGAAGGUACUCUUGGAAUCCCACCGUCAUGCAAACUUCCGUAUUCAAAUACGAUCCUACCGCAUUGCAUUGUGGGCGACGAUGCAUUUCCAUUGAAGCCGUAUUUGCUGAAACCAUUUGCCGGUCGGUGUACAGGAACGAUGCCUAGGGAUGAACGUAUUUUUAAUUAUAGGUUGUCACGCGCACGAAGGGUAAUCGAGAAUGCUUUUGGCAUUCUUGCAGGCCGCUGGAGACUAUUUCGAAAGCCCAUUAUUGCCAAAACGGAAAACAUCGAACAUUACACCAGAGCUUGUAUUGUGCUGCACAACUAUUUAAUUGAAAUGGACCAACAAUACGCUAGUAGAGGAUAUGCUGAUCAUUUUAAUGCCGAUGGGACGUUGAUCGAAGGUGGUUGGCGUUCCGAGGAAGGUGGGCUAAAAUCAAUUCCCUCCAGAAGUGGUAUGAAUUUUAGUCAUGAAGCAAAAGCCGUCCGUGUUUCUUUCAAAAACUACUUCAAUUCGGAGGAGGGCGACGUGCCAUGGCAAAAUGCUGCUGUUGAUAAUGAUGGAUUCGAUCCAUGUGAUAAUUAACAACUAAUUGUUGAUCAAUCGGCUUGUCCAAACCCUUCAAUAUUACAGGUUUUUUUGUAAACCACCAGUUAUGUAUUAUUUUUAUAUACAAAAUGAGUAUAG